AGAGCUUCCAGUUCUCAGUGGCCUUAUGGUUACCUCGGUGAUGUCUUGGGUUCGAGCUGCUCCUCUGGUCCCAGGCAGUGGAAAGGAGGAGGAAGUGUUUGACGAGGAAGCGGACGAGUCACUUCUGGUGCAGCGAGAAUGGCAGAGCCACAUGCGGAGACGAGUCAAAGAAGGCUAUAGAGAUGGACUAGAGGCUGGCAAAGCAGUUACUCUUCAACAAGGCUUCAAUCAAGGUUAUAAAGAAGGUGCAGAAAUCAUUAUGAACUAUGGACAACUCAGAGGAACUUUGAGUGCUUUGCUCUCCUGGUGUCACCUUCAUGAUACUAGUUCAGCUUUGAUCAGUAAAAUAAAUAAUCUUCUGGAUGCAGUUGACCAGUGCGAAGAGCAUGUGCUCAGACAUCUGAAAUCAGUCACCCCACAGCCCCAUGUUGUCAAUUUAUUGGACUCCAUUCAGGAUAUGGACCUUUGUCAUGUAGUUCCAGCUGACAAAAAGAUUGAUGAAGCUAAGGAUGAAAGACCCUGUGAAAAUAAUUCUGAGUUUAACAAAAACUGUAGCAAGAGUCUUAGCUGGGUAGAUUGUUCAUCUUCAGAAUGUUGUGGAACAUGGGAGCAUGCACAUUCUGAAAAUCCAAGCCUCACUUGGAUUUUAGAACAGACAGCCAGUUUAGUAAAACAGCUUGGAGUAUCAGUAGACAUAUUACAGUACCUCAAGCAACUUUGAAAAUUAUCUUCUUUUCUAAUGAAAAUAAUGUUCAGAACAUUCCUCAGAGCAUUUUGUCUGUUAACAAGUUUACUAAAAUUUGUACUGGUAUCUACAUUGAACACUUCACUAUCCUUCAUGGAAAUUUGAAACAUGUUCAGAAUUAACACUAUUAAAUGCAAUAUAAGCCUUUUUUCUCUAUCACUGGUAAUUUUUUUAUAGGUUAAGAUAUUCUCAUAAAUUCCGUUGGUCAUUGUCAUUUUCAAAUUUCUGAUUAAAACCAAGUAUUUUCGAACUCAUUAGCAAAAAUGAAUCAAACAUUUUGUAAGGACCUAACCCUACUUUCUGUUCUGUCACUAUCACUUGGUUAGGACCUCAUCUCCAACUAAUCAAACCAAAGUUACCAAAAACAAUAGCUAACAUUGUAAAUGUAUAUACAUAUAUAUAUGGAUAUGUUGAUAAUAUAUUGAAAUUAAGAGGCUAUAAGUGUUAGAAACUGAAGAAAUGUUUAUAAUGAUCAAAAACAUACUACACACAUUAAAAUUAGUUUGUUUCAUAUUAAGUAAAAGUAAAAACUACACAGUUGUUGUUGUUUUCAAUUUUAUUUUAAUCAUUGUUCAAGUAGAGUUUCCUCCCUUUUACUCCCAUUCCAGCCCACUCUCC